CAAAAGUUAAGAUUUUUAGGACAUAAUGAAGUUUUUUUUCCUAGAAUCCAAGAAUUUACCCGCUUAAAUAUCAGCUUGUCAUUAAGGAACAACCUGGAUAGGUAUUUCUAAAAAGUAAUUGUUGGUUUCUAUCACUAUGACAUUUUGUAAAUAUACAAUUUCAAAAAUGAAAAGAACCGUGAAUUUGAGUGAGGUCAAUUCGAAAAACGUAGACGAUCUCAAUAUGAGACAGAUAGAAGAACUUAUCAAGAAAUGCUUCACGAAACAGGAAUGGUACAACAUGACGUACUUUUGUAUAAUCCAUCUUAGAGUAAUGUUCGUUGAAUAUAUAAAGUCUGCCGAAUAUCAUUCGAGGUACACUUUAGAGACCUUUCUAAAGGAAAGUAUCAGACCAGACCCCCUAUUCAGAUCCUUGGAUGAAUUCUGGUUAAACAGUCCGUACGACCUGGACUCAUCAGGAUCAGAAAUUGAACAGGAUAUCCCAAUAAAUCCGGACAUUCCUCGAAAACCCACUCUGGAAGAAAUCUGGGAUGAAAGUGAUAGGGAAAACGAACCCCCUGGAUCUGUCCUGGAUAGGGAGAAUUCCAGGAACUGUUUUGACGCUUCCAAGAGAGCUGCGUAUAGGAAAGAGAUGAGGAGAAGAUGGAGGAAACCUUUUAAUAAACGAAAGAAGUCUAAAUCGAAAGAAAAUGAGGUGCCUACUAAGGUUCCUGUAGGAUUUAAAAUGAAGGUCAAACUGCGACCAAAGAAAGCAAAGUCCAAAUCUAGUUCUCACAAGCCAGGAAGACAAGUCAUCAAGCCAAACAAUGGUUGAUUUUUUAUUUAAUAUUUAUUUACCUAGAAUAAAUUAAGAAAUUGGUCAAAAGCAAUAAAAUCCUUU